AUGUCGACAUCAACAGAUCAUAAUACUCAAAGUGAUAACACGCCAAGUGAGAACAUCGAAAUAACCGAAGAGAUUUUAACCGAAUUAAUCACUUCUUCCGACAUAGAAUUAAUUUCGUAUCUUUCAAAAUUACUAAUCGACAUUGGUCGCAUUGAAUACGACCCAAAAAUAGUGCAAAUCUUUGAAAAUUAUUUUACAGAGUCGAAUAUACAAUCAAGUCAUGCAUUCUCCAUACUGUCUAAAUGUUCCUCAAUUCCACGCUACUCCACUUUGCUCGGAUUUUUUUACCAAUACGGAAUUGGAACGAAACAAAACGAGGAACUCGCAUUCAAAUACUACGAAUCAGCUGCAGACAAAGGCGAUUCUUUUUCAAUGAUACAAAUCGGUUGGUAUUACGACAAUGUUACCGGGAGUCCAGUUAAGCGAGAUGCGAAAAAAGCUCUAGAAUACUACAAGAAAUCUGUGGAAACUGAAAACCAUCCACAAGCUCUUUGUCAUUUAGCUUAUCAUGAGCAGAAUGAACGGAGAAUGUUUUUGAUGUAUCAAGAGGCGGCGAUUGGUGGUUUUAUAGAUGCACAGAAGCAAGUUAUUGCGAGCUAUCGGUAUGGAAGUGGCGUUGAAAAGGAUUUGCAUAAGACCUUUCGGUUACUCUGGAAGAGAAUCAAAGAAAAGUCAGAUUGGCAUUCCAACGAAUUGGAAUAUUUGAGAUUAUUUUGUUUAGGUGGACUUCUGUGA